AUGUCUAAUAUCGGUCUAAAAAUUCGUCAGGCAGCGCCUGCUGUAGACCAGGUCGUUGCUGACUACGCGAAGGGCUAUUACAACCAUUUACUUAAUGCUACUUACGAUGCGGUACAAAGCAAGCAGCUAGCUCUAUCCAAAGAGAUCUCGUUUCUACAGGAGCUACUUGUGAAUGCAGGUGGGAAUGAGGAAAAGGUUGAGAAAGUUUGCCAUGAGAUGUUGGAUAGUCUUUCUCACCAAUUACAGGAGAACCAAAGUAAAUUGGAAGUUACCGGUGACACUAGUAAGAGAUUGUUGGAUGUUAACGUGUUGCAGCAUCACAACAGCAAAGCCAACAUAAAUACUUCGCUCACUAACUUAGGUGUUUCAGGCGAUAUUGAGCACACUGGCCGUAACAUGGAAACAAGAGUUGACCUGAAAAAGCUGGAAAAAGCUGAAAAGAAGAUCGCCAAGAAAGUAGCGAAGAGAAAUAACAAGUUUGUCAAGUAUGAAGCAUCCCGUCUUAUCAACCAAUCCAAAGAAGAUGAUUACGAUUCAUUCUUCCUCCAAAUCAAUCCCUUGGAGUUUGGCUCUGCUGCAGGCAAAUCUAAGGACAUUAAAGUGGACACUUUCGAUCUUUAUGUCGGAGAUGGCCAGAGAAUUUUAUCUGAUGCCCAGCUCACUUUGAGUUUCGGCCACAGAUAUGGUGUAGUCGGCCAGAAUGGUAUUGGUAAGUCGACGUUGCUGAGGGCUCUCUCCCGCAGAGAGCUGAACGUUCCCAAGCACAUUUCUAUUUUGCACGUUGAACAAGAGCUCAGAGGUGACGAGACCAAGGCUUUGCAGAGUGUGUUGGACGCGGAUGUUUGGAGAAAGCAGUUGCUGUCAGAGGAAGCAAAAAUUAACGAGAGACUUACAGAGAUAGAAAAGCUGCGCAGCGAAUUUGAAGAAGAAAGUCUAGAAGCGAGAAAACUGGAAAAUGAACGAAGCGAUUUAGAAAACCAUUUGGAACAAAUUUCAGAGAAGCUGAUAGAUAUGGAGUCAGACAAAGCUGAGGCGAGAGCCGCUUCGAUCCUUUACGGUUUGGGUUUCAGCACUGAGUCUCAACAGCAACCCACCAAUUCUUUCUCUGGUGGUUGGAGAAUGAGACUAUCGCUCGCAAGAGCUUUGUUUUGUCAACCUGACUUACUGCUAUUGGAUGAACCUUCCAAUAUGUUGGAUGUUCCAUCGAUUGCUUAUUUGUCAGAGUACCUAAAAACAUAUCCAGCUACCGUAGUAGUGGUUUCACACGACCGUGCAUUUUUGAAUGAGGUUGCUACAGAUAUAAUAUAUCAGCAUAAUGAGAGACUGGACUACUACAGGGGACAGAACUUCGACUCCUUCUAUGCAACAAAGGAAGAGCGCCGCAAAAAUGCUCAAAGAGAGUACGAAAACCAACUUGCUUACAGAAAGCAUCUCCAAGAGUUUAUCGACAAGUAUAGAUACAACGCAGCUAAGUCACAGGAAGCUCAGUCGAGAAUUAAAAAGUUGGAGAAACUUCCGGUCUUGGAACCUCCUGAAGAGGAGAAGAACAUUGACUUUCACUUCCCAGAUUGUGAAAAGCUGUCUCCACCUAUUAUACAACUGCAGGAUGUUUCUUUCGGUUUCGACCCUAGUCAAUUGUUAUUGAAAGAUGUCAACUUAGAUGUUCAAAUGGACUCGAGAAUUGCAAUAGUUGGUGCUAACGGUUGUGGUAAGACAACUUUGCUAAAAAUAUUAAUGGAGCAGUUGAGGCCAUUACAAGGGUAUGUUUCCAGGAAUCCAAGAUUGCGUGUUGCUUAUUUUACUCAGCACCAUGUUGAUUCGAUGGACUUGAAUGCUUCAGCAGUUGACUGGAUGUCAAACACUUUCCCAGGAAGAACGGAUGAAGAAUACAGACGCCACCUUGGUGCCUUCGGCAUUACAGGUUCUCUUGGUUUGCAAAGAAUGCAGCUGUUAUCCGGUGGUCAAAAGUCGAGAGUAGCUUUUGCGGCUCUAUGCCUGAACAACCCUCAUAUUCUUGUACUGGAUGAACCUUCAAAUCAUUUGGAUACGGCUGGUUUGGACGCAUUGAUGGACGCCCUCAAAAAGUUCACCGGCGGUGUCUUGAUGGUAUCCCACGAUAUAUCCGUGAUAGACGGAGUAUGCAAUGAGAUCUGGGUUUCAGAGAACGGCACCGUCAGACGUUUUGAAGGUACCAUCUUUGACUACAAGAACUACAUUAUUGCUUCUGCCGGAAAGGCUGGUGUUGUGAAGAAACACUAG